CGAACAUGCGCAUGACAGAAGAAAUGAAAGACGGAGAGAUGUAACCUGCCUUCCAACCAAAACAUUGCAGCUAUGUUCAAGAAAUUACGAAACAGGAUUGAGCAGGGGGUUGCUCAGACACCCCUUAAGGGAGCCCUUGGUACUGCAUCAAAGGAGGAUUUAUCACAGAGUCCGCAGCCCAUAGCCGAAAGCACACCAAAGAAAGCCGAGAAUGUCAACAACUCCAAGGCAACACCUGACACGUCGAUGGGGGCCACGCCUGGUAACCCGGCUGUGGGACAACUUGUCGACAUUCCACUGCAAGAUACUCCAGAUAAUUCCACAGAUUUCACCUCGGCCUUGUCCUCCCUGCCAGGACACGACGACACGCCGAGGAUGUCACGAUCGCGUACCUCAUCUAUAAGUUCUGUAACAAGCGACAGCUCGUUUUUCAACACUAAUAUCACAUCUCAGCACUAUUACCAGUUACCAUCCGAUGUUGAGAGUGAGGUUGAAGAAACGUCAAACCUGGACGGAUACACGAAGGACGACUUGUAUAUGGUUGUCCGCAAGUUUGAACGUCGAUCUAUCAAGUAUAAAAGUAAAUUUAUGGAAGUCGCCAAUAUAUACAAAGACUUGGCCCAAGAAAGAGACAAGCUUAAGAACACAUUGACACAGACUCAAGAUCGGGCGUUCAGAAGGAUCUCUGAAUUAAAGGAGCAGAUCCAGUUAGAUGUGAUGGCCAAGCGUGACUUAGAGGAAAACUACAGACUGAUGUUAGAUGAAAAGGAUGAGCAUAUGAAAGUUUUCCAAACUCAGGUGCGUCUACUUAAGGAGGGCAAGGAGUUGAAUCCAGAAUUGCUGAAGAAACUGGAACCUAAAGAGAAGCCAAAAUCUGUACCUAACUCUCCGACACCUGCAGACGGGGGUAAAGCAGAGGAUGGUGACGUUAAAACGCUAACAGAGAAGGUGAAGAGGCUUGAAGGUCUGCUGAAUCGCUGUAAGGAAACCAUCAAGGCCAAUAAAGAAAAAGCAGUGCAACUGACAACGGAAAAGGAACAUCUUCAAAAACAGAUGGAAGAAAAGAACAGGGAGACAGACAAACUCAGGAUGUCUGCCAAUCCUGAGGCUAUUGCCAAACUGCAGAACCAAAUGAAGGAGGCACGGAAAGUGAUAGAACAGUUGGAGACUGACCGAGAGCUCGCCAUCGCAGAGGUCAAGAAACAGGUCCACGAGGAGCUGGAGCUGAAGGAUCAAGAGUUGUCGGACAUACGCAGCCAGUGUCAAGUCCUACAGGUGGACAACAAGGCUCUUGGGGAAAAGACAGAGAAACUGGAGAAACAAGUGCACGACAAUCUGGAAAAAUCAAGGGAGAUAAUUCGAAAGUUGAAAGAGGAGAAGAGAAAGGUCUCGGUGGAGAUGGAGGAGAGAGUACAACAGACAGAGAAGGCUGUGGAGGACGAGAAAGAGAAUCUCAUACAUGAGCUGUCGCGGGCCAAAUCUGCAGCAGUCACUUGUCUUCAGGAAGAGACCGAGAAGAAAGUAUCCGCCUCCGUGGAGAGUGUAAGACAGGAGAGAGAUGACUACUGGCAUAAACAGAUGGAGGAACAGACCCGCCUUCACCAGGAAAUCCUCACUGCUAAGGUACAGGAGAAGGACCAUGAGCUAAGCCAGUUACAGGAGCAGAUCCAUCGCCGUCUGUUUGAGAAGGAGGAAGAGAUGAAACUUAGCAACGAGGAGAAAGACCUACAAAAAAUGGCUGCUCUCUCCCAACAGGGUGGCAUCAAGGAGCAACUACAGGCUGAGGUCAAACAGUUGAAACAGAACAUCUCUGAGAAGGAGGAAACUUUCACCAAACUGGCUGCAGACCUGAAUCAGCAGCGUGAAGCAUUGGAAAAGCAACUGACAAUAGUACAUCAGACAUUCCAGGCAGAAAUAGAAGCUUUAAAGACACAACAUUCCGAAACACUAUCGACCACAGAAGCUGCACACCAAACACAGUUGAUGGAAAAGGUCCAGGCUUUAACUGAGCAACACUCUUCCGCAUUGGAGGAAAACUCAAGGCUGCACGAAGACUCGCUUCAAGGUUCUGCAAAAGAGAUUGAAGCGUACUACAAAAACCAGGUCAAAACUACGAAAGAAAACCUAGAGCAGCUGUUACAAGAACGGAACCAGCAAGCGGAAAAGUUGGCAGAAAAUAUGCAACAGCUGAAAAGUGAAGUGGCAGCUAAAGAGGAUGGGAUCAAGACUUUGAAGGAAGAAUUUGAAUGUAACAAAACAGAUCUUGAAAGGAGGCUGCAGCAAGAAGCAGAGGUUUCCAAUAAACUUCGCAAAAAUCUCGAAAAUCUUAAAGCACAAUGUCAGAAAAGCAAGACAGAUAUGGAAAAUGAGUCGGCCUAUUUUAAAGAGGAGCUUAAAGAGUCCCAAGCAAAUCUCGAAAAAGCAGAGAAAACGAACAAGGAAUUGUUUAGUCAAGUACAACAGCUGCGAGCUGAGAAAGACAAAAUUGAAGCCGAAUGGAAAGAGAAAUAUGACUUGACUCUUCAAGAACAUAAUAAUACUAUGUCUGCCAUUUUGGAAUCGUCGGACGAAAGCUUGAAACAUAUCACAAAUCAGUUGAACGAAAAAGAGAAAGAGCUUCAGCUACUUCAAGCACAGCUGGUUGAAGCCCAGAAGAACGCAGAGCACUGGCAUCAAGUGGCAGAGGACGAAAGCCAAAUCUUGAAGGAGUGUGACGACAAAUACCUGCGAGUAAAGGCGGAGAACCAACAGCUCGAGGACAAGAUCAGAACCUUCGAAAGUUCGUUGAGUGAGUCAUCGAAAACCAACGAGGAAUUAAACACAAAAGUCAAAGAGACACAAGAGCUGUUUAAUACAAGUCAGCAGCAGAUCAUAGAAGAGAAAAUGUCAAUAGAAGAGAAGGUUUUGAAAUUACAGGAAGAUUUGGAUAAGAGGGAAACGAUGGUGAAAGAAAAGGAUGAGCUUUUGGCUGUUCGGGAAGAGGAACUGACGGCUACAAAAGUCAUAGUGCAGGAGACGUCUAGUAGUUCUUUGUCUUUAGAAAGCAGGGUAGCAGAAUUAGAAGCCAUCGUUAAAUCAAAGGAAGAGAUGUUUGAAGAGAAGGAAACAGAAAUGAAGAGCGUUAAGGAUAAAUUCAAUCAGUUGAGGGUGGAAGCUAAAGGACGAAUAAAAGAGCUGAAGGAUAAUCUGGACGAGACGACACAAAAGCAUCUUGAGGAGGUGGAGGAAAAACAAAACGAAGUGAAAAGAAAAUUUGAAGAGGAAAAAAAUGAAUUGACAAACCAGCACAGUAUUCGUGUCAAAGAGUUGGAGGAAAAGAUUGAAAAGGAAAGGUCAAAUAUGAAAUCGCUGGAAGAGAGUUUCAAGGUGAAAUUUGAGGAGAAACAAACAAAAAUGAAGGAGGCGAUGAAGAAAAUGAAGAAGAUGUUUGAGGAAAAGUUAGCGACAAAAGAAUCAGAGUUUCAAAGUACUUUAUCGGACUUGACUACACAGAAAGAGCUGGGAAUGGAUGAUGUUAUGAAGAGUAUGGAAAGCACAAAAGCUCAACAGAUUCUGGAGAUUGAAGACCGACACAAAACAGAAAUUCAAACCUUGAACGAAGAAUGGCAUCAGAAAGUGAAUACCGAGCAAGAAAUCUUUGAUCAGAAAGUGAAGGAAUUGACACAGAAUCAUGAUGAUACUGUGAAUUCAUUGAAAACAUCUCAUUCAAGUGAACUUGAGGAAAUGAAUCGGAAACACAGGACUGAAAUGACUGAUUAUGAACAGCAAGUAGAGAAAUUAAGAGCAGAACUUGAAAGAGUGAAAGUGGAAGGUGAAAAUUCCUUGAAAGAACUUAUACAACAAAAAGAAGAAGAAAUGAAAACCGUUCUGGAAAAUCAUGAAAAGACUUUAGAAUCUCUAAAACAGGAGAGUUCUGAUUCUGGUGCUAAGCAACAAGAGCUUUCAGACCAGGUAAAGACAUUGGUCACUGAGAGAGACAAUUUAGGAGUGUCUUUACAAAAGAAAGAAAAUGAGUUGAGGGAGCUUAAGGAGGAACAAGAGAAGACAUUGGAAUCUGUAAGACAGGAGAGUUCCGAUUCUGGUUCUAGACUUCAAGAGCUUUCUAAUAAACUUGCUGCUAUGGAGUCUGAAAAAGAAAAUUUGAGCCAAAGAUUAAAAGAUCAGGAACAGCAAUGUGUAGAAAAAGUCACUCUCUUAGGUGAGACUGAGACACGAGGCAAGGAACGUGAAAUGUCCCUGGAAAGAAAUAUCCAGGAACUCAACCAAAAGCUGGUCCUAGUGUCGGAGAAACAUGAACAGGAAAGCCAGGAAAAGGAAAAUGUGUUGACACAAUCAGCCGAACGAUUAACACAGCUAGAAACGGCUAACAAAUCCAUGGAAGAAAUGCUGAGAGAACUUAGUGAGAGUUCCCAAAGCAAAGAUGACAAAAUUCAAUUGCUCACUGAUGAAGCCGAUAAAACGGUGCAAGAAAUGAAGGCUGCAAAUGAAAAACAGUCUGAGGAAUUUAAUAAAAUGUUGACAGAGUUAAGACAACAGGUUGAAGAUAGUAGUUCCAGUCUAGCAGAAAGGGAAGCCAAAUUUGAAGAAAUGUCAAAACAAGUUCAGAGUGAUCACGAGUGUAGAAUGGAAGAGAUGAAGACAGAAUACGAGAAAAAAUUGUCAGACAUGAUGAUAAACGACGAGGAACUCCAGGCCAAAUUGACGCAGUUACGUAACAAAGUGACAGAAACCGAGGAGAAGCUACACGAAUGUAUCCAGAAUUAUGAAAAUCAGAUUGAAAAGUUGAAAAUAAAACUGGAUUCCCAAGAAACAGUUUUUGGCAAAGAGAGAGAGAUGUUGAAACAGCAACUUCUGGAUGCUGAAAGUCAAGCAAAGAUGACCACCGAUGGCCUGCAGACGUCACUUCAAACCAAGGUUCGGGAGGCAGAGGACAAGAAUAUUGAACAAAACAAACAUUUUGAGGAGGAGAAAGAGAAAAUGGUCGAGACUUGGAAAACAAAGUUCCAAGAGUUGAAAAACACAUACAAGUCGAAACUGAAAGAGUUUAAAACAAAGAACGAGGAAAACAUGGCAUCACUUACAGAGAAAUCUAGGAAUGAGUGCGAGGAAUUACAAACAGCUUUGAAAGUUGCGGCGGAAAAACACCAAUCAGAAGUAGCAGCAAAAGAUGACAUAUCGUCAGAGCUUGUUCUGGCCAAUACGAAGCUGCUCCAACUACAAGAAUCAUCCGGAGCCAAUAGGACUGCUAUAAUUGAUCUGGAAAAAGAAAUUGGAGAGAAAAAUGAACUGUUAUCUAAAUUCAAAUCUGAACUAACACAGCUGCAAGGAAAUCUCUCUGCGAAGGAAGAGCAGUGUGUUGCCAUGGAAACCAAACUCGGCCAUUUGGAAAAGGAAUUUACCUCCAAGGUACAAGAAUGUGAGAAAACAAUAUCUGUUGCGCAACAAGAAAAAAUGGAUUGUGAAACAAAGGUUUGUGAUUUAGAAAAAGAUAAUUCCCAGUUGAAAGAACGUUUGUCCACGUCUGAGGAAAGAUGUGCUAGUACUCAAAGAGAUUUUGAAAAUUUACAGAAAAGUUUGACAGAUGUGAGUGGUGCUUCGCAUGGGCUGGAGGAAAGGGUCACAGCACUGCAAAAGGAGAAGGAAGAAAUGAGGGAAAAGCAUGAACGUGAGAAAUUUGAAAUCGUACAAAAACAAGCAGACAUUGAAGCCAAGAGCGUUGAGCUCCAAAAAAGUUUCCACGAUCAAGUGACUGAACUCAAUGCACAGUAUGAGUCGGACAAUAUGAAAUUGGCUGAGGAGUGUGAAAUAGUAAAACGCGAAAAGGAAAUAUUAACACAAGAACUUGAACAAGAGAAAACAGACAGAACAAAAUUAGUGGAAGAUUUGGAGGGAGAAAAAAGUCAUCACCAGAAAUUGUCCGAGGAUUUGGAAACUGAGAAAACAGCAAAGGGGACACUUUUGGAAGACUUUGAACGAGAGAGACUAGAAAUGAAAAACCAUAUAGACAAAACUGUGACAGAAUUAAAGGAGCAAACUAGCAAACAAAUUGAUGAAUUGACCAAAAGUCUUGAAGCAGAGAAUGCCAGUAAAGUGGCAGAGUAUAAGAAGAAAGCGGAGGCAUACAUAUCACAGAUUAAACGUCAACUUCAGGAGGAGCGUGAUAAGUUAGCGAAGGAAAAGGAAGGCACGGUCGGGGAAUUGGACCAGAAAUUAUCCGAGUGUAGUGAGAAACUAACUGUGGCAGAGUCGAAAUGUUUCGAUCUGCAGCAGGCGUUGGACACUGAAAAAGCCGAAAAAGAAAGUGUUGUGUCACAAUUACAAAAGGAAAAACAGCAGCUAGAGACAAUGUAUGAACAGGAAAAAUCAUCACGUGAAUCGCUGGUUCAUGAACAGUUACAGAUGAGUGAAUCUAGUCAAUCCACAGAACAGAUGUUACAAGAAAAUGUGAACCGGUUAGAACAAGAUUGUGAAAAUUUGACAACGCGUGUGAAAAAACUGGAGGACGAGAAUAGGACAGUUACAGAAAGUAGCGAUUCCGAGAUAAAGAAAUUAAAAAACUCUAGCAAGAAAGUCGAGAAAGAAUUCCACAGUUUUAAAAUUGAAACAGAAGAAGAGUUAGAUCAAUUAAAAACUGAACAUGCAUUUGAAUUGGAAAAGAUGAAACAGCACUAUGGAGAGUUGAUUCAGGAUAAGGAAAACGAACACGGGUCCAAAAUCAAACAGUUGGUGAAAGAGUUUGAUAAGAAAUUGGGAGCAAAGGAUCGCGAGUUUGAAAACACAUUCACCGAAGCUGUUGAGAAGAGUAACAGAGGAGAGAGCCGACUGAUGUUCGAGCACAAACAGGCCAUGGAGGAACUGCACCAUGAACUCCACGAGAAGGACGAUUCCAUGGAAGAGAUGAGAAAUCAGCUGCUGGAGCAGAUGAAGCAAUCUGAAGAAGAAUCAAAUGCAAGAAUCAAGGAAAUGGAACAAAAACUGUCAGAAGAAAACCAGAAAUAUCAAUUCGAGAUUACAGAUUUAAAGCAGAAACAUGAAGUUAGCAUUAUGGAGCUCCAAGAAAAGAUGAAACAGACUCACGAGAAAUCCUUGGAGGUCAAAGAGGUCUUCCACAAAGAAGAUGUACAGUCGCUUACACAGGAGUGGAACAAGGAGAGAAAGUCCGGAAGCUUACAGCUAGCAGGUGAUCCAAGUGUCAUAGAGCCUGAGGAGCUGUUGCAUCACAACCAACUGGCCAUUAGUGCCUUACAAAGUGGCGGCACCAGCGGUCAUCUCCUCCAGAAACAGGUCAUCGAUUUGACCAAUCACAUCCGAGAACUAAAGGAGAGGCACAGACUCGAACUAGCUCAAGCUCAAGGCCAGCUGGAGCAGAACUCUCUACCCACAGCCUUACUGGACAGGCCACUCCCGACACAGCCAGCCCGCAAAAAGGUGACAUUUGACCUCUCUGACCCCAAUCUGGAGAGUGAUAUACAGGAUCUGGAGCUCACCAACAUGGACCUGCAGGCCCAGGUUCAGCACCUAAGUGGAGAGAUCAACCAGAGCAGAAUGAGAGAACGUGGUCUACACCAAAAGAUUAAUACUCUGGAAAAUAGACCAGCGCAGCUAUCUCUUGACUCCCCACCUCUCAGUCCGGGUUAUGCCACAGAUGGCACCGCAUACGGACCCCUUCUCAAUGAACCGACACAAAUAGAGUACCUUCGGAAUAUCUUAUUCCAGUACAUGAUGGGCAAGGAGACCAAGACAUUGGCUCGGGUCAUUGGUACCAUUGUCCAGUUCUCGGACGACCAGACACGGAAGAUUAUAGCCAAAGAAGACACGAGAUCUGCUGGCUGGAUUUCGUCACCUAUGCAUUGAUUUAUAUGAGAUACAGUGAAACGCCAUCAUUAGCAUGCAGUGUUAUCUAUAUAAUAUAGAUCACUGUCGUAAUUGGUCAGUCAUAGGAACUCUUGACAAAACACACUGUACCUCCAGCUGGGAUAAACUCACACAAGACCUAGAUCAGUCAGAAUAUUUUGGCAGACUCGGAGCUAGUGGCCUACGUAUAAAUGUUACAAGUGUCUGUGGAAAAGCGAUUUAUGGGGGAACAAAUUGUGAACUCUUAUGGGAUGUAUUUGUAUUUAUUCAGUAUGCAUGUGAAAUUGGAAGGUUUUCCCUUUUCUAAACAAAUUAGAUACCUCUUUUAGGGGUAAGGAUUUAUUUAUUGAAUAUGAGUGAGAUAUGAAGAUUAAUUUUACUGAAAUGGCCCAGAUUGCAUGAAAUGUUGUUAAUCUUACCAAUAUUUGUAUUGGUGGGCUAAAAGGGAGUUAACUGCUGAAAAAUUCAGUUCGGUAUGAAUUUUAUCUUAUACACAAUUUAUAAACAGGAACAACUAUAAAUAUAUAUACAUGUAUAUAAAAUGUAUCUACAAUUUCAAUGAAUUUUAAGUAACAUUUAAAAAAUCAGAUGAUUACAAAAUUAACAUUCAGUUUUCAAGGAACCAAAUAUGAUAAUUGCAUACCUCAUUAAAAAUGCCAGUAAAGGUAGGAAAAUUUGGGGAAAGUUCUUUGGUUUGGGCUCCUUGUAAAAAGGAUUUUUUUGAUGAUUCCAAAUUCAAUGUUGUGGAAAAAUAUGAGAAUAGUGUUUUAAGAAUAUACUAGGUGGGCUGUUUAGUUUUGAGAAAAUAUCUUCCAAAAAAAAGGUAUAAAAAAAGGUAUUGUUAAUACAAUAAAAAACAGGCAUCAUUUGACAAUAUUGCAGCAAAUUGUUGAUACAAAUCAAAGUCAUACUUCUUUCAUUUAAUAACAAGGUGCAUUUAUAAAAACAGGAAAAAUGAAAAGAUAAAUAAACAAAUGUUUUGCAUUUGCUAAUGACAACUUUUCCAGUGUGAUUCUAUUUUAUGCGACGCACGUAAGAAAGAUCUCAGAUUAAAGGGACGUACCCCAGAGAGUUUUGAUGGCUACUGUCCUCUUGGUCACUCUUGUGGUGAAUUGGCUACUUUACUCAAAGGAUGAAAUAACGUCUAGCUUGAUAUGUUCAUUGACUUUUUAUCAUCAAUAAUAUUGAUUUGUUUACCCACAAUGGAAGUGCAUGGGGGCUGGAAAUGGUUUUUCUUGCAUUUAUUAGAAGGGUUGAAUUUUUGUUAUUUUAUAUUAAAAUAUCUUUUUGGUUAUCUUAAAUUAUGAUUAUGCUUGCUGAUUUUUUUUUAUUUCAGUGGUUAAGUUUUGGCUACUUAUAACUUGUACAUACGAUAGUUUGAAAGAUGGUGUUGCCAUACUUUGGCUUUAGUUGAUUGCAUCGAAGUAUUAUUGUAUAAGUAUUGAUUUAAUAUGAUUUAAUUGUUCUACUUUAUGAAACUUUCUAUGACAGCUUGGGGGCAUAUCUGAUUUGUUUAAUCCAGAGUAUUUCAUCCUCAUUUAGAGUUAUCUGCCCUUGAUACAUCAUGGGUCUUCUUCAGAUAUUUAUUUAGUAACUACAAGCAUUUUAAAUGUUACUCAUUACCUGUACGACCGCUUUAAAUCUAUAUCUCUCCAAAGUAUUUCCCCUAAAGCAGAUUGAAAAUCAUCAGUUACAUAUCAACAUAUGUGAAAACCUCAUUUAUCUAUGUAACAUAAAAGAUGACCUUUUCAAAAGGACAUAAAAUGUCAAAUUUUCAAUUCCUAAACCUUAUAUUUGAUACUCAGAAUUUCCUCAAAUUAUAUUUAGCUUCCCAAUAAUUUUUAUGUAUAGCUUGAUCGUUACGAAUAGCCUAAUUAGCGAAGCCUGUGAUUAAAUAUCUGCUCCAAAGUAUUUAAUUCUAUCCUAACUGUUUAUAAAUGUGCUAUUAUUUAUGAGUAUUAUGUUUGUUUUGUUUACUUUAUGACAAUAUUUGUUGAUACAUUAGUGUUCUUUAGUCGUUACAGUUGUUUCAUGAACAACACACAGCUGAUAAUGGACUCAUUAGUUUCUUUCUUUUUAUAUUUUUCUACUUUGUUGCAUGUUUGUUCAUUUCUGUUUUAUAUGUAGA